AUGUCAGCUGCUCAGAUUCUGGUGCCUCUACUGGGACUGUUUGUUUUCUUGGUUUUUUCGGGUAUUGCUGAUGGAAGGAGUCAUAAAAAAGGUGUAACUUACGAUGGGAGAUCAUUGAUCAUUAAUGGGAACAGGGAGCUUCUCUUCUCAGGUUCUGUCCACUAUCCCAGGAUGCCUCCUGAGAUGUGGUGGGAUAUUAUCAAUAAAGCCAAAGAUGGAGGAUUGAAUGUGAUUCAGACUUACGUCUUUUGGAGUCUUCAUGAACCAGUCCAGGGCCAGUACAAUUUUGAAGGGAAUUGUAAUCUUACCAAAUUCAUUAAGACGAUUGGUGAUAAUGGUAUGUAUGCAACACUUAGGGUCGGGCCAUUCAUUGAAGCUGAAUGGAAUUAUGGUGGACUUCCAUUUUGGUUGAGAGAUAUUCCAAAUAUUACAUUCCGCUCUGAUAAUCUACCUUUCAAGUACCACAUGAAAAAGUUCACCAAAAAGAUCAUACAAAUGAUGAAGGAUGAGAAGCUAUUUGCCUCUCAGGGAGGUCCAAUCAUUUUAUCCCAGAUUGAAAAUGAAUACGCUGAAACUGAAAUUACGUACAAAGAAUUAGGAACUCGAUACGUCCAAUGGGCAGGAACAAUGGCGGUAGGGCUACAUACUGGAGUCCCUUGGAUAAUGUGCAAGCAAAAGGAUGCCCCAGAUCCUAUAAUCAAUACGUGCAAUGGGAGAAACUGUGGAGAUACUUUUUCUGGCACCAAUAAACCAAACAAGCCUGUUUUAUGGACACAGAAUUGGACUUCUCAGUUUGGAAUAUAUGGGGACCCUCCAUCUCACAGGAGAGCUGAAGAUAUCGCAUACUCAAUUGCUCGCUUCUUCUCAAAGAAUGGUACUCUUGCCAACUAUUAUAUGUAUUAUGGUGGAACAAAUUAUGGAAGAUCAGGUUCAUCUUUUGUAACAGCUCGAUACUAUGAUGAAGCUCCCAUUGAUGAAUAUGGCUUGCUGAGGGAACCUAAAUGGGGUCACCUUCGAGACUUGCAUUCUGCUUUGAAGAAGUGUGAGAAAGCUUUGCUUUGGGGGACACCCUCUGUUGAGAAUUUGGGUGAAUAUAUGGAGGCUCAUAUCUAUGAAGAUAUUAAAUCUAAAACUUGUGCUGCAUUCUUGAGUAACAACAACUCCAGGAUACCGGCAAUUGUAAAUUUCAGAGGCGCCAAAUAUUACCUGCCCCAACAUUCUAUUAGCAUCCUAGCUGAUUGCAAAACUGUCGCCUAUAAUACUCAAACGAUUGUUGCACAACACAGUUCAAGAAACUACCAGAAAUCAGAAAUAGGUAACAAGGAUCUCAACUGGGAGAUGUCCCACGAACAUAUUCCAACCCUUGAUAAUUCUUCAAUCAAAUCAGUUAAUCCUUUGGGACAUUGGUCGGUGACCAAGGAAACUACAGACUACUUAUGGUACACUACAAGAAUUGAACUGGAUCGGGCUGCCUUACCUUUCCGGAAAAAUUUACUCCCAGUUAUUCAGAUUUCAAGUCUUGGCCAUUUGUUGCAUGCGUUUGUAAAUGGAGAAUAUAUAGGAUCUGGACAUGGGAACAACAUAAAGAAGAGCUUUGUCUUUGAGAAACCAAUAAUCUUGAAGCCUGGAACUAAUCAUAUAUCCCUUUUGGGUGCAACAGUUGGUCUUCCAGAUCAUGGAAUCUACUUGGAGCGAAGGUAUGCUGGAGUUCUUACUGUAGCAAUAGAAGGUCUUAACAUUGGAACUAUUGAUGUUUCGGACAAUGGAUGGGGUAAUAAGAUAGGUUUGGAUGGUGAAAAACUUGAGGUUUUCACACAGAGUGGUUCACACAGGGUAAAUUGGACUAAACCUACGGGAAAAGGAGGACCCCUUACAUGGUAUAAGGCUUAUUUCGAUUGCCCGGAAGGAAAUGAACCUCUUGCAAUUAACCUAGCAACCAUGUCUAAAGGCAUGGUGUGGAUCAAUGGUAAGAGCAUCGGUCGUUACUGGGUAUCUUACCUUACUCCUUUAGGAAAUCCUUCCCAGGAAGUAUACCAUAUCCCCAGAGCUUUCUUGAACCCAACUGACAAUCUUCUGGUAAUCUUCGAGGAAAUCGAAGGAUAUAUAGAUGGUGUUCAAAUCCUAACUGUCAACAGGAACACAAUCUGUAGCUAUAUCACUGAAAACUAUUUAGACAAUGUGCACACUGCAGCGGAUGAUGCCAAAAGAUCAGCUACCUUGAGCUGCCCCGACAGCAAACGUAUUCUCAAUGUUGAAUUCGCAAGCUAUGGUAACCCAUUUGGCACUUGCGGAAAUUACUUUCUUGGAAACUGCAGUUCACCAGUUAGCAAGAAAUUUGUUGAAAAGCAAUGCUUGGGAAAAAGCAGGUGUGAUGUACCGUUUGACAAGAAAAUUUUCGACAGGGAUGGAGAUCUUUGUCCGAAUAUUCCCAAAUAUCUUGCCAUCCAAGCUGUAUGUGGUGAGAAGAAAUAGUGUCCAGUGACAGAGUACAAGUUUUGGACAGGACAGCAGAAGUGAUGAGAUCUUCUUGUGAAGGCUUUCUGCAACCGUCCUGUGGACUUGAGCUGCCUUUAAUCAAGUUGAAUUGAAUGAUCAAAAUCAAGUAUAAGGGCUAUCCAUAUUCAUCAAUAGUCAUUUUUGUUUCCCUUCUAGAGUGAUGUAUUAAGAGAAUUGUUACUAUUUUGCUGAUUUACACUGUAGUAGUGUGUUUCCUCUGAAAGGAUAUGAACAUGGAGAGGUCCUUUUUCUCGCAAUUCAUCUUCGCAUUGCUGGUAGAUCCAGGCAUUGGGUUCAGAAAAUCUCUAGUCUCUGUAUUUGGAGCA